UCCCUCUUUCCCACCAUGAGUCGGCAACUGAACAUCAAGUCUGGUGGUGACAAGGGUGGUGACAAAGGUGGCUACAGUGGCUGCUCAGCAGUGGUGCUGAGGAGGGCCAUGGGCAGUGUAGCUUCUCACCGUGGGGUUGGCAAAGGAGCUGGGGCUAGCUUCAGCAGUCGGAGCCUCUACAGUCUUGGAGGGAAUCGGUGUGUUUCCCUCAAUGUGGCUGCUGGUGGUGUUCGGACAGGAGGUUAUGGCUUCUGGCCUGGUUCUGGGUAUGGAAGAAGCUGGGCCCCUGGCUUUGCUGGCAGCAUGUUUGGCAGUAUUGCCCGGGGGCCUGUGUGCCCAUCCAUGUCUCUACCUGGGGGCAUCCAUCAGGUCACUGUCAACAAGAACCUCCUGGCCCCCCUCAAUGUGGAGUUGGACCCCAGGAUCCAGCAAGUGCGCACACAGGAGAGGGAGCAGAUCAAGGUGCUGAACAACAAAUUUGCCUCCUUCAUUGACAAGGUGCGGUUCCUGGAGCAGCAGAACCAGGUGCUGGAGACCAAGUGGGAGCUGCUACAGCAGCUGGACCUGAACAACUGCAAGAACAGCCUGGAGCCUGUGUAUGAGGGCUACAUCAGCACCCUGCGGAAGCAGCUGGAGACACUGUCUGGGGACAGGGUGAGGCUGGACUCGGAGCUGAAGGGCAUGCGGGACCUGGUGGAAGACUACAAGAAAAGGUAUGAGAUGGAGAUUAAUCAGCGUACAGCAGCUGAGAAUGAGUUUGUGGUGCUCAAGAAGGAUGCUGAUGCAGCCUACGAGGUCAAGGUGGAGCUCCAGGCCAAAGUGGACUCUCUGGAGAAAGACAUCAAGUUCCUCAAGUGUCUGUAUGAUGCGGAGAUGGCCCAGAUCCAGACUCACACCAGUGAGACCUCCGUCAUCCUAUCCAUGGACAACAACCGGGACCUGAAUUUGGACAGCAUCAUCACUGAGGUCCGCGCCCAGUAUGAAAAGAUUGCCCUGAAGAGCAAGGCUGAAGCUGAGGCCCUGUACCAGAGCAAGAUCCAGGAGCUGCAGCUGGCAGCCAGCCGGCAUGGUGAUGACCUUAAGAAGACCAAGAGUGAGAUGUCAGAGCUGAAUCGGCUCAUUCAGAGGAUCCAGUGUGAGAUUGCCAGUGUGAAGAAGCAGUGUAUCAACCUGGAGACGGCCAUUGCUGAUGCUGAGCAGCGGGGAGACAAUGCCCUGAAGGAUGCCCAGGCCAAGCUGGACGAGAUGGAGGCCGCCCUGCACCAGGCCAAGGAGGAGCUGGCCCGGAUGCUGCGGGAGUACCAGGAGCUCAUGAGCCUGAAGCUGGCCCUGGACAUGGAGAUCGCCACCUACCGCAAGCUGCUGGAAAGUGAGGAGUGCAGGAUGUCUGGUGAGAAUACAUCCUCUGUGAGCAUCUCUGUUAUUAGCAAUGCAAGCAGCUACCACCCCAGCUUCUCCACCAGCAGCAACCUCGGUGCCAGCAGUGCAGAGGGAAGCUCCAGCAGCACUCGGAGUGAGGAGACAAGGACCAAAGGGGCACGAGGGGGAGACCCCAAGGACUCCCAAGGAAAGAGCAUCCCAGUCAAUGCCCCAGCCAAGAAAGCCACCCGAUAAGUCCCAUGACCCCACUCACUUCAGCAUCGCAGAGAAGAGAAGCCCUGGCUGAUUCCCUGCACACAGAUACCUCCACACCCGAUCUCCCACCCUGAGUCCUAAAGCCCCCGGCCACCCAUGCCAUGCCUUAUCUUACUGUCAAUUCUGAUUAGAACUGUCAUCUCCCUGUUUCAGCAGGUCCCAUGUGGACUUUGUGACUUCUUGUUGUCCCUGUUGCUUUCAACUGACAGAGGUCUUAGGAGAACAAGCUAUAAUUAUCUUCUAAACCCUGGGUAGCUAUGGUUAUCCCUGCAGAGAGAAGAGGAGGGCCAGGGAGUGAAG